AUGGGAGACCUGAAGUCAGGUUUUGAAGAGGUGGAUGGCGUGAGGCUCGGCUACCUCAUCAUUAAAGGCAAGCAAAUGUUUGCCCUCUCCCAAGUCUUCACGGAUCUGCUGAAAAACAUCCCGCGGACGACCGUACACAAGCGCAUGGACCAUCUGAAAGUGAAAAAGCACCACUGCGACCUCGAGGAGUUGCGGAAACUCAAGGCGAUCAACAGCAUCGCCUUCCACGCCGCCAAAUGCACUCUCAUCUCCCGGGAAGACGUGGAGGCGCUCUACACCUCUUGCAAGACCGAGCGCGUGCUCAGGACCAAGCGCCGGAGGGCCGGCCGGGCCCUAACCGCCCCGCCGCCGCCAGAGCGCGCCGCUGCCGCCACCAGCCCCCGCCCGGCUUUUUGGAAGGACAAGCCCCAACUUUGGCGGGGCCUGAACGAAGCCGCGCGACCCCUACCAAUCAGCGCGCAGUCCCAGCGCCCGGGUGCCGCCGCCGCCGCGCGCCCCGCCGCCCAACUACCUCAGAUUUUUAGCAAAUACCCGGGCACGCACUACCCGGAAAUAGGGCGCUCUCCUUGCAAACCCUCUCUAAACUAUGAAACUGCCCCGCUUCAGGGGAACUACGUCGCUUUCCACUCGGACCCCGCGUACUUUCGGAACCUGCUGUGCAGCAAGCACCCGGCCGCCGCCGCCGCCGCUGCCGCCGCCGCCGCCGCCGCCUACUACCAGGCAUCUGCUACCGGGCCUCAGCCCAAGAUAGCGUCGGGCGCCGGGGGUCCCGGGAGUCUGACCUACCGUUGCAAGCGCAAACGCGGGGGCGCCAAGGACUGCCUGCUCUCGCCCCACGCCGGCGCCCGGCGCCUGCUGCUGCUGCCCAGGUCCUACAAAGCCAAGGCGGCGGCGGUGGCCGGAGCCACUUGCCUGGAGAGGUUUCAUCUGGUCAACGGCUUCUGCCCACCUCCCCACCACCACCACCACCACCACCAUCACCACCACCACCACCACCAUCACCGGGCUUCCCAGCAGCCGCCGCAGAGCCGCCCGCCCCCUCCCCAGCCACGACUGCAGCCCCCUCUGGGCAGCUUUCCCGAGAGUUGUAGCAGCGACUCUGAGUCUAGCUCCUACUCGGACCAUGCCAACGACUCGGAUUUUGGCUCCAGUUUGUCCAGUUCCAGCAACUCCGUGUCCUCGGAGGAAGAGGAGGAGGAAGAGGGAGAGGAGGAGGAAGAGGAGGAGGGGGGCAGCGGGGCCUCGGACUCCAGUGAAGUCAGCUCGGAGGAGGAGGACUCGUCCUCGGAGUCGGAUUCCAGCUCCGGCUCUAGCCAAGUGUCCAUGCAGAGCAUCCGUUUCAGGCGCACCAGCUUCUGCAAGCCUCCCAGUGUGCAAGCGCAGGCCAACUUCUUAUACCAUCUGGCGUCCGCAGCCGUCGCAACCAAACCCCCUGCUUUCGAGGAUGCCGGUCGCCUCCCCGACCUCAAGAGCAGUGUCAAAGCAGAGUCGCCAGAGGAGUGGAAUCUGCCGCACUGGGUCUCUCAAGCGUCUCCAGUGUACUGCCCGGCCAGCCUGGGGAGUUGUUUCGCAGAGAUAAGGAAGGAUAGUGUAUCUGAGAUUACAUUCCCACACUCGGAAAUUUCCAGUUCUGUAAAGAGAACUGACCUGACAAUUAACUGCCUGGCGGAGGGAGCCUCUUCACCUAGCCCAAAGACAAACAAUGCAUUUCCACAACAAAGAAUACUCGGAGAGGCGAGGAAAUGCCUCCAAGCAACUCCUACUACACACUGUGCAGAUAACAACACAAUAGCUGCUAGGUUCUUAAAGAAUGAUUCUACUGGAGCAGCAGCAAACUCAGAAGAUUCCAAAAUCCUUCAUUGUGCGGAAUUUGCUGCGGACUUGCCCUCUUUGCAAACGUAUCCGGAGGUGGACGCAGUAGUAACUAAAGCCGAAAAUCCGUGCACUGACACAAGCGACAAGACGUUGCCAUUGCUGCACAACAUUAAAAUCAAAGUAGAAGAUAGUAGUGCUAAUGAAGAAUAUGAACCUGACCUUAUUACAAAUAAGCUAAAGUGCGAGUGCAAUGAUACCAAGGGUGAGUUUUACAGUGUGACUGAAAGUAAGGAGGAGGACACCUUGCUAACCACAGCCAAGGAAGGUUUUGCAUGCCCUGAAAAAGAAACUCCUUCCUUAAAUCAUCUGGCGCAGAGUCAGGGCCUUUCAUGCACUUUAGGUUCUCCAAAACCUGAGGAUGGGGAAUAUAAAUUUGGUGCCAAGGUGAGAAAAAAUUACCGGACACUAGUACUGGGAAAGCGACCUGUACUUCAGACACCUCCAGUCAAACCAAAUUUGAAAUCAGCUAGAAGCCCUCGUCCUACAGGUAAAACUGAGACACAUGAAGGAACACUGGAUGAUUUUACAGUUAUAAAUAGACGCAAAAAGGUAGCCAGCAAUGUAGCAUCAGCAGUGAAAAGGCCAUUUAAUUUCAUGGCAAAUUUUCCUUGUCCACCAUCACUCAUUAUUGGGAAGGAUGGGGAUUUGUGGCCGGCGUAUUCCUUAAACACCACUAAGGAUUCCCAACCUCCUCACAAGGCCCAUCCUAUAUGGAAAUGGCAGCUGGGCGGUUCUGCAAUACCUCUUCCACCUAGUCACAAAUUCAGGAAAUUUAAUUCAUAA